GUUUUGUUGGGUCUAGCCGAAGCGUCGAGAACAUCUCAGUCGCUAUUUAUUGUUCACCGUUUGGACUGUGAAACGUCUGGAGUUUUGCUAUUUGCUCGAACAAGCGAGGCCGCUUCAAGGCUCUCGCGAGCAUGGAGGGAACGUGAACACGUUCAAAAAACGUAUGUUGCCAAGGUAUACUCGUGGAGACUACCCGAAACGUCGGGGCGAAUUGACCUCGCUCUAGCCCCGCAUCCAACGGAGCGGAUCAAAUGGAUCGCGUCGAAGGAGGGAAAACCUAGCACGACGCUUUGGACAGUAAUGCCGGACGAAAGGAAAGCAACUUGUCAGAAUCCAGACAGCGAUGGAUGCGCACGUCCGGUCAAGCUCAGGCUAAUUCCCGUCACGGGGCGCACUCAUCAACUACGAAUUCAUUGUUGCGCUCACGGAGACGGAAUUCUUGGAGACACACUCUACGGGAAAUUUGCCACACAAUCUCUACCGGGCAAGAGAUCUCGGCUUUUCUUGCAUUCCCAAGCACUUUCAGUUCCGCACCCCACAACUGGCAAAAUGGUCACCUUUAUAUCUACACCCGCAUGGUAG